AUGGCAUCUCUGGGGCCUUCCAUGCCCUUAAUCCGGAGUUUUGCUCCUCGGCUAUCGCGGGAGCUCUUCACCUGCCGCCAAUGUUUGAUCCGGACCCAGAACCACGCCGCUAAGUCCGCCUUCCGCAGGCAAUUCUCCGCCCUUCCCAUCACCCAGAACGCCAACGGUAGAGCCAAUGCUGCCCUGCAGGCGAGGGCUAGAAAGCUCUUUGCGUCUAGCUUAAGAAGGACUGUUUCAGGAUCAGCGGCACCAGAGGCAAUUGCUGCCCAGGAAGGAGCCGCAAAGGCCAAAUCUAACUUCCCGGAUGUGAGCGACAAGAAAGUGGCUUACUGGCUGCUGGCCAGCGCGGCCAGUGUGUUUGGUAUCGUGGUUUUUGGCGGCCUGACCAGAUUGACUGAGUCAGGUCUGAGUAUCACCGAAUGGCGCCCCGUCACCGGAUCCCUCCCCCCAAUGAACGCCGAAGACUGGGAAUCGGAGUUCUCGAAGUACCGUGCCUCUCCCGAAUUCCAGCUGCUGAACCCGCAUAUGACUCUCUCCGAAUUCAAGUCGAUCUACUACAUGGAAUGGAUUCACCGUCUCUGGGGCCGCUUCGUCGGCUUGUCGUUCGUUCUCCCGGCCGCAUACUUCGUCGCAGCAAAGAAGGUUAGCAAGCCGAUGACUCUGCGUCUCGCGGGCAUUGCAGGUUUGAUUGGAUUCCAAGGUUUCAUUGGCUGGUGGAUGGUCAAGUCUGGCUUGAAGGACGACCUCUUCGCCCCUGGUAGUCACCCCCGUGUGAGUCAGUACCGUCUCACGGCGCAUCUGGGCGCUGCCUUCGUCUGCUAUACUGCCAUGCUCUGGAACGGUCUUGCCAUUCUGCGCUCCCACCGCCUUCUCGCCGACCCGGAAGCCGGAAUUAAGCUUCUGGACUCGCUCCGUGACCCCAAGCUCAAGAUCUUCCGUCGCUCCGUCGCGGGAUUGGCUGCUUUGGUUUUUGUGACUGCCAUGUCGGGUGCCCUGGUUGCCGGCUUGGACGCUGGUCUCAUCUAUAACGAGUUUCCCUUCAUGGGAAAUGGUCUGGCACCUCCCAAGUCGGAACUGUUCGAUGAGCGCUACUCCCGCCACGAGGAUCGAUCGGAUCUGUGGUGGAGAAACAUGCUGGAAAACCCUUCCCUGGUGCAACUGGAUCACCGUGCUCUGGCGAUGACGACCUUUACGAGUAUCAUGGCUCUUAUGGCUUACACACGCGGAUCUCCCACAAUGAGACGUUUCUUGCCCCGGGCUGCGAAGAAGGGCGUCCACGGAGUGGUUGCUUUCGCCUGCGUACAGGUUGGUUUGGGCAUUUCGACUCUACUUUACCUGGUUCCCACGCCUCUUGCCUCUGCCCACCAGGCGGGCAGUCUCUUCCUCCUCACCUGGGUGCUUGUCCUGGGAAGCCGUGUCUGGCACCCGUCUAGGACAGCCAAGCUGCUUCAGAUGGCGGCCAAGGCUCGUGAACAAGCUGUUUCCGGUGCAGCUGCCCACGCUCCCCGGAGGCUGUAA